CUCUUCACUGCUCUUGCCUGGAAUCAGCACAUAAUAUUUGAUAUGCCAAUGCUCGCAGCAUUGUGCUUCCCUAUCUAGUUGUGUACUUCCUACCAUGGAGCAGGCAUUGGUUGAGUCUUAGUGGGAAGCACUUGUCAGUCUUCAAGAAAAAGAACGCGAUAUGUUGUUAUUUUUCCACAUCGUGAGAGAGAACAAUGCAGCUUUCCGCUGUCGUAUUUGAUCGUAUUUGCAAAGGCCCAAGUGUUUCAAGGUAAAUCAAGCACCUUUUUUAGGUAGAUCAAGGCCUUCUUUUAAACUCCUUUUGCUCAGUUCGCACAGACAGUGACAGGCAGCUAUUUGCACCAUGCCAUCUGUGCAAGUUCGCGCGCUUUCUGGCCGGGUGCUUUGGGGCCCCAAGGACCUUGAUAUUACCAUAUCGUGCGCUAAACUCAAGGAAGAUGUGCUGACAUCUCUGGGUGAACGUUUUCCAGCGCCAGUUCAGCUUCUCGUUGAAGACAUGCAACAAAGAUGCAGAUGGCGCAUUCAGUUGUCAGGUUCACAUUCUAAGCUUGGGUUGCCAUUGAACAAAUGCAAGCAUUUGUUUAAUCCGUGUUCAAAGAGAUUGUCGAUUCAAUCCAAUGUGCCUGCCAGCCGAUAAGUAGGCCAGCGAGCUGACUGAGGCUGCUGCCAGAGCAUGGGCGAUUAGAGACUGUAUUGCCAUUUGAGAAGUACCCACAAAUGGCCAUUGAGUUGACCCUCGUGGUGAAGCCACAAGCACACAAACCUUCCGAGCCUUUGCCAGGGUUGUACGUUUCGGAGCUCAACAAUCAUCGGGUGACUCGAUGGCUCAAUGCUUCCGCUGAGAUUGUGAUGGGUGGAUUUGGACGAGGUUCUGAAAGAAGUCAGUUGGCUGGACCACGAAGUAUUGUGAGUGGUGCAAAUGGUGCUAUUUACAUAGCUGAGAUUGGCAACCAGCGAGUGUCAGAAUGGAGCUUGCAGGGCAGAGGUCUUGCUCAAUACGUCAAGACGAUUGCUGAAAACACUCCAGCAUGCAGUUUGGAGGAACCUGGUGCCAUUUGUGUGGACAAUGAUGGACAGCUUUAUGUUGCUGAUUCCAAGGCACAUGCAGUGAGUUGCUGGAUUGAAGAGAACACGAGGAUUGAAGGGAGGAUUGUAGCUGGUGGAAAAGGUCCUGGAGAUGACUUGGAUCAAUUAAACCGACCAACCGGCGUUGCUAUAGACGACGACGGGACUUUGUACAUCGCAGAAUUUGGGAAUGAUCGUGUAACUCGCUGGGCUCCAGGUGCCAAGAUGGGUGAAGUGGUUGCUGGUGGCAAUGGUUGGGGGGACGACUUGGAUCAACUGGCUGGCCCAGUGGCAUUGUCUUUGCAGGGCAGCUCGAAACCACGCACCAAAAAACCGCACGACACAGCAUUUGCCAUCCUGGUUUGUGAGCUAGGCAACAAUCGAAUCAGUCGAUGGUGGCCAGGCGAAAGACGGUGUGAGGUUUUAGUUGGGCAUGGAACACUUCCAGAGCUCAUGGGGCCCCAGGAGAUCUUUUACAAUGACGAGGAUGGCAGUAUCUUUGUCAGUGAAGCCGGCAGCAGCCGUGUAACGUGCUGGAAACCUGGUGCGCACUAUGGACAGGUCGUUGCAGGUGGAAAUGGUCGAGGAGACAAUCUGGACCAAGUGAAUGGACCAUUUGGUGUUCUUUUGCUUCGAUAGUCUGUGCACUAAAGCUAAAGCCAAAGGUCCAGACAAGGAGCAGAAAAGGCUAUUCCAGUUGAAUUCCUUUGGGUGAGUCGCGAUCCGUUCCUUCCACGCACUUGAUACAGGUUGCACUUUGUCCAAUAUGAUCAGAUAUGAUCAGUAUAAUUCAUACCGUAUUUCAUUCCAGCGCCAAUCGAUAAUUUGCUAUUUUGUCCUUCCAGCACCGAAGACCCCUUCACCAGGCAAGUUCUAUGUAUGGACAUAUUGACCAAAAAUCAUAACAAGAACGCUUGCUGAGCCAAAACUGAUGACGUCGGCAAUCCUGUUUCGGCACAGACGAUUCGGAGGCGAUUGUGGUAAUGAUCUUUGGGAUU